AUUCUCUGACGCGUUUACAGUAAAAGUGUUGAGCUUUAUACAGGGGAUUCUCGGAAAUUUCUGGUUGUAGUAUAUACACAUAUAUCCAGUCACUAAAAGAAAUGGCGACAGCAACAAUGGCUCAUAACCAUCCUCCUCAAAAAUACUACACAUUAGGAAAUGAUGUGGGCAUAGUGAAGAGACUUGAAGAACUAAUACCAGGUUUGCAGGAGGUGCAGUUUUUGGAGGAGUGUGAUAUAAUUUUCUUUAUUUGGUCUGCUUUUUCACAAGCUAGAAUUGGCAUAGAAGCAGCAGUGAAGAUCCUUAACACUCUACCAGGAAACAAACCUGCAGUGCUAGUGGUGCUUCAUCAGACGUUUGAGUCAGAGAAUGUUGUACCAGACAGCAGCAAAGCUGUAAACAGAGAUAAUACAACCACGGUCGACUGUCUGUUAAAUGAAAAUCAGGAAUUGCUGCUGUGUUCCAAAAAUGAUGAAGCACUGUCCAAAAUGAUAGAGUUGAUACAUCCUGUGGACGGUUUAAGAAGGACACCAGAACAAAGUGCAGCUCAAGGCCAAGUUGUGCACCAGAUGUUGGAGCAUCCUGUUCAAAAAUAUUUCACUCUGACAUUUGGAAGCCCAUUAAGACAUGGUGUGCAAAUGCACAUGCAACUUCAAAAAUCAAUACUGGGCCUGCAAGAGGUACAGAAUUUGGAGGAGUGUGAUUUCAUUCUCGUUUUCUGCUCUGCUUUUUCACGGAGUGGAACUGAAUUUGAAGUAGCAGUGAAGAUGCUUAACACUAUACAAGGUAAUAAACGUGCAGUUCUGGUGAUGCUUCAUAAAUUUGAUCCAGAACAUAAUGUACCAAAAAUCACAACUGCAGACAGGAGGAAUACAACUGCAGUUAACUGUCUGUUUAAUGAAGAUCUGGAGCUAAUGCAGUGUUCUGAAAAUGAAGAAUCACUGUCAACAAUAAUUAACUGGCUUUAUCCUGAGAAAUCUUCAAAAAUGGAACCAAGUAAAAGUCAGCCUCACGCCUUUCCCAAUUACCAGAUGCUGAAGUGUCCUCCUAUAAAACACUUCACUCUUACCACCGGAGAAACAUUAGGACAAGAUGUGAGCAUUGAGAAGAAGCUUCAAAAUCUAAUACCAGGUCUGCAGAAGGUGAAGAAUUUGGAGGAGUGCGAUUUCAUUCUGGUUUUCUGCCCUGUUGUUUCACGAGCUGGAACAGAUAUUGCAGCAGCAUUAAAGAAGCUUAGUACACCACCAGGUAACAAACCCGCUGUUCUGGUGGUGCUUCAUCACACAUUUGAUCCAGAAUAUGUAGCAGUAGACAGCAGCAGAGCUGUAACCAGAGAGAACACGGUCACGGUCGACUGUCUGUUCCAUGAAGAUCAGGGAUUACUGCAGUGUGGAAAGAAUAAAGAGGCUUUAACCUCAGUUUCACACUGGAUUGAGACUCGGCAGGUAGCACCAAAGACCAAGAAAUGGACUAUAUCCAAUUUGAUUAAGCCAAAAAAAUUUUAAAAGCACCAUGGAGCCUCUGAGUUGACGUUAGUCAUUUUUAGUAAGUUGUGGCCACAAGCUAUUACUGUGAUUGCAAUUAGGUGAUUAUGACUUAAUAUAUCGUCAAAUUCUAUAUUCACUGUUGAUGCAACAUUAGCAUAUCCUAUAUAACUACCGCAUAUGUAAAAUCUCAUUAUUGAAGUGUAAUUUCCACUGCACUGUGUUUGUUUACAUAUAAUCCUAGUUUUUAUGGUCCUCUUUGCACAGUACUGUAUAUUCAGAGUAUACAGUAGGUUUACUGGUCUCUUGUGUUAUGUGUAUUGUCUUGUGUUGUAUGUCCAUCUUGUUCAUGUUCAUGCUUAUCUUAAUCAUAUUAUGUUAAUAUGAUACUCAUAUUAACAUACAACUAAAGCCAAAUGUUUUUUCACAACAAAUUAUAAAGCAAUUCUGAUAUUAGAUGAAUGAGAUAAAUCUGGAUUAAACUGAAUACUGAACUUGUGGCUACAAAGCAAAAUAAUAAUUCAUGGCAGGACUUUUCUAAAAUGAUCACAGUUUAAGACUAAGUAAAGAUUUUGUAACAAACGGCAUUAAAGCAUAAAGGAUUUCUAAAGUCAAUUCUCUUAAAAUGUAGAUAUUUGUAGCCGUUUUCUUUUUCUUAGAAAAAGAAAUCACUUUCAAAUAGUUCUUCUGUAAUGGGUUUCAAUGGUGUUUGUUCAUUAGCAUUUAACAGUUUGUAAAUGUUGUUUAUUUUGUGUAUGUUUGCAGGAUGAUAAAAAUUCUGAAAAGAGUAACAGAACCGAAACUUGUGAAUUUGACAAGAUUUGAAAUUCACUUAAGCUACAUGUUCUCUUAUACUGGCUGUAAAAUAGUCCUUUAUAUUAAGGAAACUUCUGACAAAUAUUAGCAAGAUAACAAUAACAAUUUUAUUAACACUAUUGAAUGUUGUUUUAUUCAGUAAAAUGUUUCUUGGGAAUGGGUUCAAAACGUUCCUGAACCUAACAAAUCCAUGUUCUGCCUGGACCAUCUGCCAGACCCUGAAGGACCUUUGAUUCAUCUUAAAGUGUUUUAACUGACGCACAACUGCACAGUAGCUUAAUAAAUCACCAUUACAAAAUAAAUAAAUGAAUAAAACAUGCAUAUUUUUAUUAUAUAUAUUAUACCUUUCAUUAUGACUAAUGUUUGUAGUACUGCUAAAUACAAGUUUCCUUAUGACUCAUGUUUAUUUGUGGCUGUGGUCUUCCUACUUCAACCUUCUAAUUUAUUUAUGAUCAGUGGAAACUGUAAUAGACUAUAUGAUAGAUACAAUAUGAGUAAAUGAAAUAAUUCUAAUAAGCAGUUACAUGUAUUAGUAUGUGAUAAUAAAUGUCAAAAAUGAAACCCUAGGGGGCGUGUUGCUACAAUAAAAACAACAGCAAGUGGCCAACAUUAAUACUUGUAUUAAUUUAGUGAGUAGACAUUUUACAUUCAUUAAUAGUUUCAAAAAAGAGAAAUGUUUAUAUUAUCGAUUGCAAUAAAUCAAAUGUAAUUCAGUCGUAAAGAGUAAUUUAUUUACAUCUUCCUUUUUGCAGUUAAUAAAACAUAAGAUCUUAAUCACAAGAUCAUAAAGGAAUCUUAAGUGUUAAAAUGUCAACAUUUUUGCAAUGGAAAAUGUCUCUCUUGUCCAUUAGCAUAUAAUAAUAACGUAAAUAAUAACAACUUGUUGAAGUUGCAGCCAAUAUUAUCCUGCAACUGUACAUACCUACUUAAUAAUAGAGUUUCGAGCUGAGAUGAUGUGAAAGUACUUCAUGGAAAACUGUUUGUCCAUAAGAUUCUGAACGUGAAUAUGCAACACUCGAAAAUACAUUUAUUUACAUAAUUGUUUAAAAACUGAUUCAUUGAUAACUAAGAAAAAAU